AUGACCAUUGAACAGAGCCUAAUGAGGUCUGGGAAGACACAAGGAGAACUCAUAAACAUUACGCACCAAGAAUCAGCCAGAACAAAAUGGCUUCUUUCUGCACAUAUAAUGGCACAGUACACUGAAGCACUUCGAUCACUGACUGGUACUUUUACUGGAACUUGGUCGGAGCAGCAUCGUGAAUUUCAUCCAGGAAACAUCCAACGUGAUGCUGCAGAUCUCGCAAAAUUCGAGGCCUUCCUUCUUGAGCACAAUCCAUUUACUGUUGAAGAUGAAGAUGAGUUAAGAAAUGUUGCAACAGGCUUGAUUGCUGAUUACCGAGUGAAUGUUGAUGAUUCACUACAAAUAGGGCAGAAUAUCCAUGCCAAGCUAACAGGCAAAACAGUUGCAGAAGUCAUCAUGAAGAAGGUUGACCAAGCUAAAACUUUUGCGGUAUUGAGAAAGCUGAUUAAGGUUGAAAAGGAAGAUAUUGCCAUGUCAUCAGCAGAACUCUACCAACGUCUGUUGUCAGUUGCAUAUCUGAAUGGACUUCCGCAGCCAAGUGUAUUUGCACACGAGCUUGCCACUGUUUCUCCAGCUUUUUUCCAAGAUGAUGGUAGCAUGAGGAAGUCAUAG